AUGGAGCGCGAAGAGAGCUUCUGGCUGCUGAGAUUGCUCUGCAAUGUUCUUGGAUAUGCAACCGUCGCCGUUCCGAUGGCACUCGUGGUAUGGUACGUUCGGAAGCACCAGCUGUACCAGAGUGAGAACGACCCAAAGACCUGGUACGUGAGGUUCUCUCGCUUGCUCGUUUACGGAAAACUGGACUACGAGCGAGCGUCGCUCGAGCUCGGAGGAUCAAGCGAGAGACCGGUCGAGAAGCAGCGAUCAUCGAUACUCGGCAACCGGAUAUUGGUCCUCGGCUGCUGUUUCAUCGGUCUCCAAGUUUCCUAUUUGACUUGGGGCAUUCUCCAGGAGAAAAUAAUGACUCAGAAGUACUACACCGCAACUUCGGAACUCGGGGAGUCGUUCCGCGAUUCUCAAUUCUUAGUGUUCGUGAACAGAGUGUUAGCAUUCGCUUUCGCUGCACUGUAUCUCGCUGUAUCCUCGGAUCAGUCUCCGCACAACGCACCUUUCUACAAAUAUUUCUAUUGCUCGUUCUCCAACAUUCUCUCGUCGUGGUUUCAAUAUGAAGCGUUGAAGUUCGUCUCGUUUCCCACCCAAGUUCUAGCUAAAGCUUCGAAAAUCAUUCCCGUCAUGCUGAUGGGCAAAGUCGUGUCUCGGAAAAGCUAUCAAGGCCACGAGUACUUCGUGGCUUUGAUGAUCUCGUUGGGCAUGAGUUUAUUUUUGUGGUCCCGGCCGGAAAGCCCGAACAAAUCUUAUGCCGAAUCGACAUCCCUGUCGGGCACAAUAAUUUUAGCCGCGUACAUGGUGACGGAUUCCUUCACCUCGAACUGGCAGGGCGAAUUGUUCACCAAGUUCAAGAUGUCUUCCAUACAAAUGAUGUGCGGUGUGAAUUUUUUCUCCACGUUGCUGACUUUCGUCUCCCUGCUCCAGCAAGGAGCUCUCCUGAAAUCGUUGAGUUUCGCGAUGGCUCACCACGCCUUCGCGUACGAUUGUCUCGUUCUGUCGAUCUGUUCGGCCACCGGUCAGCUCAUCAUCUUCUAUACGAUAUCCCAGUUCGGACCUGUGACGUUCGUGGUGAUGAUGACCAUCCGGCAGGCGGUAGCCGUUUUGCUGUCCUGUCUCUUAUUCCGGCACAGCAUGUCCCUCCUGGGAGCUGUGGGUAUCGUGGUGAUUUUCGCAGCAGUCUUCUUCAAGGUUUGGUACGGACAGCGACGCAAGAGGAAACAUACAGCUCCGCCAGUCAAUGCCGGAGCUUCCCCGUCCUCCUCCGACAACGUGCGGCUCUUGAGUCCUCGUAAAGAGAUUGUUUAGUAGUAUUCGCUCUCUGUACGAGCUCCAGGGAAGAUCUGAUAGAAUGAUGAGAUCUCCUUCGAGGCCAAUUAUCGAUCCAUAGGUUGAGAUUCUCGUCUGCGAGCCACUCGAGUCACCGGCUCGCUUUCAAAUACCUAUAAAGUCGUAUUUUGUACUGUGUGUUCAUGUCAGUGUUGGAACGAUGUUGUUGUAAUUUUAUUCUGUACAGUGUUCAUGACCAUGUUGAGGCUCUACCCACCGUCUGCGUUUUGCCUCGACGAGAUUUUCGGGACUUGAUUCCGUCUGAUUGCGGCGCCGCAAAUCGCGAACAGUGCAAUGUUCUGCAGGCGAUCUGAUAUCUGUGAAGACCGAGUGCCAUAUGACACGCGGGAACAUUAUGAUUUAUACCAGGAUACGAGCGUAGUUCUCAUCGUGAUAGCGAAUUCUAUGGAGGAGAACUCACGAUUGAAGUCACGGCGGGACACCGAACCCGCUUUCAAGUGAUGCGUUGGACGUGGAGGACGUAGGUCCGAUCCACUUUGGUACUCGUGACUAAUAUUUUCCAGAGGUCGGAGAACGCCCAGACUCCUGACCAUGUCGCAUGCGUCCUCUCGAGCCCUGUACGGUGGCUCCCGAGCGCCGUAUUUCGGGCGUGCUUGUACUCAUUCGAUAGGACUCAAUAAAUCUCUCGGCCGUAA